AUGUCGAAUGAGACGCCAUCGCUGAACGCCGCAGGGACCUUCGCUGGUCCCGCUUCUAUCGGAUUCUACUUCGCUGCCCUCGUCCUUGAGAUUGUGUUCUUUGGCGCCUUCGUUGGGACAUACGCCUAUGGAUCGUGGCUGAUCCUCUGCCGCGCGCAUCCGGCAACUCGGAGGCAGACUUCGACAGUUGUGCUGUUUGCGGCCAAUACGCUUAUGUUCCUGUUGUCGCUGGUGCAUCUCGCCCUUGAUAUCGAUAUCGCCAGGAUUGGGUUCUUGACUGCACCUAAGUCGUUGCAGGAGGCGAAGUUUGUCCUCUACGUGACGCAGACGCUGAUUGGCGAUGGGUUUAUGAUCUACCGGCUAUAUAGGGUGUACAGUCGGCAUUGGCCUGUGACUAUCGUCCCGUCCCUUCUCCUCAUCUUGACUGCAGUGAUCGGUUAUGCCUCGUCCUUCCUUGGAGUUGCGGGGUUCUAUAUCCGCGACUUCAACGGAGUCUAUCUCCAAGGCCACAAACUCAAACUCUGGAAGGUCCUCGAGGCCACCGUGCAGUCCACCGCCAUAUACUCCGCCGCGGCGGUCUCACUCGUCAUCACGUUUGUGAAUAGCACCGCAGUCGGCUACCCUACAUGUCUAGACGUGUUUCCCGCACUGAUCGGCCUCGUCUUCUCCCUCAUCACCAUCCGAAUAGCCACUAACCUCAUAAGAGACGAAGCCCGCCCCGACUCCAACUUCCGGUUGACCGAGACCGUGCGCUCACGCCAGACUGCUUCCUCGGUGACAUACGUAGAGCACGAGCCGCAUCCGUCAAUUCUUCAGGCACUUGGGUCCCAGAAGGGUGCGAUGCAGGCGUACAAGGACAAAGUGGGCAACGACGUAAUCGAAAUGUCGAAGCAUGUGAGCAAGAGCGCGACUACGAGUGAGGUGUCAUUGCCACUCUCCCGUCUUAACUUUCAGGAGGUUUGUGAUGGCGACGUCAAGCAGGGGGAGGCUGUAUAG